AUUCAUCUCUCUUUCCAUUUUCUCACAAGAGAGAGAAGGAGAAGACCAUUAAACCCUUUGAAAGAAAAAGAAAAUUCAUUUAAUUCAAUUAAUUAACCCCUCGGCCACUUUCCUUUUUUUCUAUUUGCAUCUGCAUUGAUUCCUUGCGCCAAAUCAGAGCCUGAAGUUUUCAGUCUUAAAUAUUUUCUUGGCAGCUUUUAUUUAGAUUUCUUCUCACUUUCCUCAACAGAUCUCACCACCCUCUUUCUCAUCAUCUCACCUAAAAAAAAAAAAAAAAAAAAACUUCCAUUUUUUCUUUUGUUUUCCUGUGGGUGUUUGAAUUAGUAUUAUUGUUAUUUGUUAUCUAUGAUCAGAGUGGUGUUUUAAAUUGAAAUUUAAACCAACCUAAGUAGAACAUAAUAAUAUCAAAGAUGAUGCCCAUGAGGAACACCAAGCCAACCGAGCCGGUCAACGGUGAUAACGAAUGGGAGGUUCGGCCGGGUGGAUUGCUAGUUCAGCGACGCGAUCCAACCGAAGAACAAAACCGUGUGCCUCCACCAACUAUUCGGGUUCGGGUCAAAUUCGGGUCCAUAUACCAUGAGAUCAAUAUUAGUUCUCAAGCUACAUUUGGGGAAUUGAAGAAGAUGUUAUCGGGGCCGACAGGACUACACCAUGAGGAUCAGAAACUGAUGUACAAAGAUAAAGAGAGGAGCUCGAAAACGUAUCUGGAUGUUGUCGGUGUGAAGGACCGGUCGAAAAUGGUGUUGGUGGAAGACCCGAUUAGCCAAGAAAAGAGGUAUAUCGAGAUGCGAAAGAAUGCCCAGAUGGAGAAAGCGGCUAAAUCAAUAUCCGAGAUUAGCUUGGAAGUCGAUAGACUUGCUGGCCAGGUAUCUGCGCUUGAAUCGGUUAUCUCAAAAGGAGGGAAAGUGGCGGAGAAGACGUUGUUAAAUCUGAUCGAGUUAUUGAUGAACCAACUACUUAAAUUGGAUGGAAUUACCGCGGAUGGAGAUGUCAAACUACAGAGAAAAAUGCAGGUGAAAAGGGUUCAGAAGUACGUGGAAACACUUGAUGUGUUAAAGAUUAAGAACUCAACCGCCGGGACCAAUGAGAACGUGGAUGCGAAACAAGUCCAGGAGCCGCCGGCUUCACAGCGCCAAGAGCAUAUAAUUUCAAACGGACAUAUCAACACCGCCUCACCAAAUCAACAUGACCGCUACCAGCCACCGUCAUUCCCUAAAUCCAGACGGUCAGUUGGGAAUUUUUCACACAUUCCAGCAGCGCUUAAACAACCACAACAACAACAACAACAACAACCAUCAUCGAGGAAGUCGACAUCAGGGGAAGUUGUGGUAACCACACAAUGGGAGACAUUUGAUUCGACGCCGACGCCUUUGCCAGCACCACCAUCAAGCAGCACCAAUACAACACAUCCCAAAUUCAGCUGGGAUUUACUCUAAAGACUUUAUAAUAUACUUUAUAAUAUAAUAGUAUAACAUAAAUAAAUAAAUAAUAUUCUGGUGUAGCGUGAAACACUCUUACUUUUGGUUUGGUAUCUAUGCUCUAUUCUUUGAUGUACCUAGAGUUUUUGUGUUCCUUUUACAAAUAAACGGCGUCGUCGAUUACUAAUAAAAAAAAAAGUAUACAAAAUGCCAUUUUCAUUUUA